AUGACCAGCCAGAUGCACUCGACGCAAGGGAGCUCUCCUACCAAAAAGGGCAUCAGAAGGAAAGCUCCCCAUGCUUGCGACCGCUGCAAAAUGAAAAAGACAAAGUGUGACGGAGACCAUCCUUGUACUCGAUGUCGUGCCGGCGACUAUGUCUGUGUGUUUAGCAGGAAAAAAGUGCCACGCGAGAAAGUUUGCUCAAAAGGCUAUGUCCAGUUGUUGGAGCAGCAGAACUAUUGGCUGAUACGCGGUUUUUAUAAACUAUACGCACAACUACACACUGAUCCUGACAGGCCUGGCGAGCACCCAGGCGAAAGGGACAAUAAAAGACCAUCAUCCCUUCAUCAGAUGCUCGCAAAUAUCGGAAUUAUAGAAGACGAUGGAAGCCCUGAACCAUCCAGCGACAUAAUAGACCCGGAACUCGAACCAGAACCUGAACUAGAACUAGAACCAGAGCUAGAGCCAGAGCCAGAGCCAGAGAUAUCCCGAGACACCUCGCCUAACAACUCGCCUAAUGGGCUUGAUAUGAUAUCCAGUGUUGUCGACAUGGAACCUCCACGGCAAUACAUCGCCCAGCUGUACUGGGAAGAUCGCAGCUCGCAAGAGAUAUCCCCUGGCAGAUUUGAGACAUCAUUUGCAGAAACAAUCGAUGCAGAGUAUGACAGAAAAAUCCCAGCUCCGUGUGUGCACGAACCGGCAGGUUUGCCAUUCUGUGGAAGAUGUCAAGCACAGCCACUACAUGGCGACUUGGAUAUGGCUGGGAACUGUGGGAUUCAGCUGUCUGCAGACUAUCUACAGCCACCCAUUUUCGAUUUUGCACAUGCACAAACUUCUCUGGAAUGGAUACCUCAAUUGGCAAAAUACUAG